CCCCGCCUCAAGUGCAAGCGCAUACAGACAGCCAUAAACGAACAGACACGUACGCGAAUCCAAGGUUUUGAGACAGCAUCCAUGGCGGCGGCGACGACGAUCCAGUCGGUGAAGGCGCGGCAGAUCUUCCAACCGUCGAGGUGGAUAUUGGCCUCAGUGACGGAAGCCUUGGAUCUACGAGGGACGGGGGCUCUGAUUACCUCGGCAAAGGUGUCCUCAAGGCGGUGAACAACGUAAACGCCAUCAUCGGGCCGGCGCUGAUCGGGAAGGACCCGACGGAGCAGACCGACAUCGACAACUUCAUGGUCCAGCAGCUCGACGGGACCUCCAACGAGUGGGGCUGGUGCAAACAAAAGCUCGGGGCAAACGCCAUCCUCGCGGUGUGCAAGGCCGGUGCCAUGGUCAAGAAGAUCCCUCUUUACCAGCACAUUGCAAACCUUGCGGGGAACAAGACCCUCGUGCUGCCCGUGCCUGCUUUCAAUGUGAUCAACGGAGGCUCUCACGCCGGGAACAAGCUCGCCAUGCAGGAGUUCAUGAUCCUUCCGACCGGCGCCGCCUCGUUCAAGGAGGCCAUGAAGAUGGGAGUUGAGGUGUACCACCACCUCAAGAGCAUAAUCAAGAAGAAGUAUGGCCAAGACGCUACAAACGUUGGGGAUGAAGGUGGCUUUGCACCUAACAUUCAGGAAAACAAGGAGGGCCUGGAACUGUUGAAGGCAGCUAUAGCCAAGGCUGGCUACACUGGAAAGGUGGUCAUUGGAAUGGAUGUUGCUGCUUCUGAAUUAUACAGCGAGAAGGACCAGACCUAUGACCUGAAUUUCAAGGAGGAUAGGGUUGCCAAGGCGAUCAGUGAGAAGACCUGCAAUGCCCUUCUCCUCAAGGUGAAUCAGAUAGGCUCGGUGACUGAGAGCAUCGAGGCCGUGAGCAUGUCGAAGCGCGCCGGGUGGGGAGUGAUGGCGAGCCACAGGAGUGGUGAGACAGAGGACACCUUCAUCGCCGACCUCUCGGUCGGCCUGGCCACGCCUUCGGCUGAAACAGAGCUUCAAAUCCUUACACUUUUUACUGCAUUGGGUGACACCAUGGUCAUAUCUUUCUCCGCUUGCUUGUUGCAGGGCCAGAUCAAGACUGGAGCUCCCUGCAGGUCCGAGCGUCUGGCCAAAUACAACCAGGUAUACAUAUGGGCGGCAUGAAGUUCAGGGUUACAGUGGCGACGCCAUAGUUAUCUUUCCAGUUUCCACAUGCUACAUGUUCUGUGUUCAGAGGCUUCUUUUCUAUUAUUACUGCUCUUGUCAUUACUCAUACGGUUUUCCUGUUCUGCCGAUGGGCAGAUUAGCGGUGUGUUUUCAUUCCUCUUAAAUAAAACAGUUUCUACUCUUC